AGGUGAUAUCCCGCGUUUCAAUAAUUCAAGUUCAGCCUCGUUUUUUGUCGUUAGCGUUUGAGCACUGCGUUGAAUGGAACUCUGGACUUGCUAACAUCGGGCUUUGGGCUUUGACCUUUUCUUUUGAGUGGCUUUCCAGGAAGGAUUUCAAGCAAUCAAUCGUUGAUGAAGCGAGAAAAUUCGACAGACCUGUAACAGGUUAGUGGUCAGGUUUGGCACAUUGGCGCCACAUCUUCUGUGUGUGCAAUUCUCUCCUCAGCCACACCUAUCUUAAAGGAACUGGCCUUCGCAUUCUAUGGCCCGACUAAAUUGAAGCCACUUCGUUUGAAACCUUCGAGUGAGUUCUCCGCCGUCUUUCAGAGAAGCAAGGCCCUCUCCGUGUCUGGCAUCGUUGAGAGAGACGCAAGGUUCGACGAUAAUCCAUAUACAGCUUGCAUCCAAUGCCUCAGGCUUGACUGGCAGUCAGUCGUCUUCACCUACUACUCACUCAGCGUAGCACUGUUAGGUAGUUGUCCGAGUAUCCUCGAGCGUGCUCCUGUAGGGCGUGUAUGCAGCGCUAGAGGCCAAGAAAGAGUAAAUAGAACAUAUUGUACGAGGCGCUCAUAUCAUCAGAUCAUCGGCGAAAUCACACAUCCAAUUUCAACAAGACUCAUCACAGCCAGUCAGUCGGUCGUUCCACGAGCCCUGAAGCAGAUCGAAAAUUCGUGCUUAGAGGUACACAACAUGGCACAGUCGUCGCUGGUGGUGUUCCUAUUGAAAUCUUGGCUCUUCAUGUGGGAUGUCUUGACAUUUCCCAUCUACGGACUGAUCUACCGGAAAUGGAAUUUGCAUGAUAGACAGAAACAAGAUGAAGAGGAACCGGUCAACAAGAAUCCUCAACAGAUUGUUAGAAACGGUGAUUCUGAGGUUGAGAUUCGGCCCUUUGACUUACACUUCAGCUUGAUGGACCAAAUUGCCUCGCUGGAGCAGCCUUUGGACACGGUGGUAAAGUUAUUUGAUUACUCAGUGAAACUUCAUGCCGGCCAGGAUUGUUUGGGCACACGAGAGGCCUUUGCUAUGGAGUCGGAAGUUCAGCCGGAUGGCAAAGUGUUUCAGAAAAUCAUCCAAGGGGAUUAUUACACUUGGCUCAAGUACGAGCAGGUCCAAGAAAAAGCCACCAAUAUCGCUAAGGGUUUGAUCAAGAUAGGCAUGAACCCGAAAGAAGAGGACAAGGCCUUGAUUUACGCCGAUACUAGUGCCAAUUGGUUAAUGACGGCCUUGGGCUGUUUCAAGACUGGGAUCCCAUUGGCCACGUUGUACACCACGUUGGGUGAGGAGAGUGUCAAGUAUGGGUUGAAUCAAACCAAAGCCAAGACCCUGAUUCUCGCCCAAGAGCUGAUGCCCAAGCUGGAGCGAAUGAUUGGCGAUCUUCCACAUGUUGAAAACAUUGUCUAUAUACCGUCUCGAGUCCGACAGCCUCUAGGAGUCCAGUUUAAAAACAGGGCCAUUUAUUCGUUGGAACAGAUCCAAGAUCUCGGCCGCGAAGCGGGGAACGUCCACUUAAGUGCUCCCAAAUCUGAUGACAUUGCCGUCAUCAUGUAUACUAGUGGCUCCACAGGCACGCCUAAGGGGGCCCUUCUCACCCACCGGAACUUAAGUUCCGCCAUAUUUGCUAGCCUUUCAAGAGGAUUGGAUAUGGCUGGCGAACAGCGUACUCCAGAUGAGACCUACAUGGGUUUCCUUCCCAUAGCUCAUAUCUUUGAGCUCUCCCAUGAGUUUGUCGUCCUCCUUAUGGGCAUAAAGAUUGGCUAUUCCGGUCCAAACACUCUCACCGAUAAAAGUACCAUGAUCAAAUCGGGCCAAAAAGGCGAUGCAUCAAUUCUAAAACCCACCGUAAUGCUAGCCGUGCCCACCAUCUUGGACCGAGUCUACAAGGCCAUCCAAGGCAAUGUGCAAAGUAAAGGCAAGGUCUUCGAGGCGGUAUUCAUGCAACUCUAUCGCUAUCGCUGUUCUUGGCUCAAGCGAGGCUUCGGCACGCCCAUCUUGAACCGAUUGGUGUUUUCCAAACUGAAACAGUCCUUGGGUGGAAAGAUCCGCUUGAUCAUUGGCGGUGGUGCUCCCCUCUCUCCCGAUGUCCACGAGUUCAUUCGCACUUGCUUGGAUGUGCACGUGGCUCAGGGUUACGGUUUGACGGAAACCGUCGGUGGUGUGAUGCUCACGCAAAGGAAGGACCUGACCAUGGGAUCGGUUGGGUUUCCAUUACCUAGCGUCAAAGUUAAACUUGUGGAUUGGUCAGAGGGCGAGUACACGAUCCGAGACCCGCAAGGUCCCAAGGGUGAAAUAGUAAUUGGAGGGCCUGUAGUCUCGGUUGGGUAUUUUGAUCUGCCUGAUAAGACAGCUGAAAGCUUUUAUCGAGAUGCCGAGGGCACCCAGUGGUUCUAUACUGGUGACAUCGGCCACCUCCUCCCCAAUGGAAACCUUAAGAUUAUUGACCGUAAGAAAGAUCUGGUUAAAUUGGCCAUGGGUGAAUACGUGUCGUUGGGCAAAGUAGAAGCAGCAAUGAAAGUUCACCCGUUGGUCGAAAACAUCUGCAUUUAUGCGGAUUCUUCACAGUCUGCGACCAUUGCUAUCAUCGUACCGGACGCAGUACAUUUGUCCAAGAUCCAAACGGAGGUCGAAUUGACACACGAGGAAGCCUGUCAAAAUCCUCAGGUUAAAAGCCAGGUCUUGUCAUCACUCCGAAAGCACGCCUCAACUUCACUUCAAAAGUUCGAAAUGCCCCGAGGCUUACUUCUCGUUUCCGAGCCUUGGAGCCCAGAGUCCGGAUUGGUCACGGCCUCUUUAAAAAUCCGAAGAAAACAGAUUGAAAAAGCUUACCAGGAUCAGAUCGAUCGAAUCUAUGCCCAGCUCAAUUAAAUAUUCAUUCAGUUUAGACUCGUAAGAUUACACCUACAUUCAUAUAUACGUAUAUGUCUGCUUCCGCUAAAAAAAAAUCGUGCAGUCCAUCACAUUCUUUGUGAGAAAACAGCUCGAAAUAUUUUAUUAUCAUUUAUCGUUUUCUUACAUGUGAUAUUUUCCCCCCUAAACAAGGCACUAAUGCAAUAAAGAAAGAUUUAGCGUGUA